AUGGCAGUAAAUUCUGAACUCCAUAGGCGCCACAUUAUUGAGGAUAACUACUGUCAACGAUGUAGGGAAGAUGUUGAGACGGUAACUCAUGCCAUUUUUAAGUGCCCAACAGUGCGCUCAGUGUGGGAAAAUAGCAGCUUCUGGGAGGAGGUUCAGCAAAUUGGCGAGGAGAGCUUUGAGGUCUUCAAACGUGUAACUGAACAUUACAGCCACCAUGACGUCUACACCUUCUCUGCACUAGCAUGGGCCAUGUGGACCAGUAGAAAUAAAGCAUUGUUUGAGAACUCACCCCAUGACCCAAUACUUUUGGCCACUGGUUUUUCCAAGUAUGUGAGCGAUUUUCAGGUAUACUCGGCAAAGGUAUUUGGAGGAAGGAGGGGAAAUGGCGGGAUAUCAAAUAGUACGUGGAAGAAGCCACCUGCAGGCACUCUGAAAAUCAAUGUGGACGCAGCAACUUUUGAUGAUGCAGUGGGAUUGGGUGUUGUUGCUAGAAAUAGCCAUGGUGAUAUUGUGUUUACAGGGGCAAGGAGAUGGCGAGGGAGGUGGGAUUCCUGCAUUGCUGAAGCGGCUGCUAUACAUUUCGGAGUUGAGCUGGCCAUUCGUUUUGGGUAUAGAGAUGUGUGGUGCGAAAGUGAUGCUCUAAAUGUUGUCCAGAAGAUACAACAAAAACAGUUGGGCUAUAAUUAUGUGUUCUUGUUUAUUUCUAGUAUCAUCAGCUUAAGUAGUAGCUUUUCUUCUUUUAUUUGUAGCCAUGUUAAAAGGGGAGGAAACACAGUUGCACAUUUCCUUGCUAGAACUGUCCCUCCGGAGGCAAAUGAGAUUGUAAAUUUUGAGCAAUUUCCGGAAAGCAUCAUCACGCUUGCGGAAAUGGAUAUUGGUUAA